CGAUGGAAAAAUCCAAGAAUUUCCGCAUCGACGCGCUGCUGGCUGUGGACCCCCCGCGAGCGGCCUCGGCGCAGACCGCGCCACUGGCCCUGGUCUCGUCGCUCGCCGCCGCCUCAUCUGGCCCGGGCGGCGCGGCGAGCAGCGGGGCGAGCGGCAGCUGCAGCCCCGCGUCCUCGGAGCAGCCUGCGGCGCCCGACCGCCUGCGCGCGGAGAGCCCGUCGCCGCCCCGCCUGCUGGCCGCGCACUGCGCGCUGCUGCCCAAGCCGGGCUUCCUGGGCGCGGGGGGCGCGGGCGGCGGCGCCGGUGGCGCAGGCGGCGGGCCCGGGGGGCCCCACCACCACGCGCACCCCGGCGCCGCCGCCGCCGCCGCCGCUGCCGCCGCCGCCGCCGCGGGGGGCCUGGCGCUGGGGCUGCACCCCGGGGGCGCGCAGGGCGGCACGGGGCUCCCGGCGCAGGCGGCGCUCUACGGCCACCCGGUCUACGGCUAUUCGGCGGCGGCCGCGGCGGCCGCGCUGGCGGGCCAGCACCCGGCGCUCUCGUACUCGUACCCGCAGGUGCAGGGCGCGCACCCCGCACACCCUGCCGACCCCAUCAAGCUGGGCGCCGGCACCUUCCAGCUGGACCAGUGGCUGCGUGCGUCCACCGCGGGCAUGAUCCUGCCCAAGAUGCCCGACUUCAACUGCCAGGAAAUGCGUCCUCCUUCAGGAACCCCAUCUCAGGGUCUCUAUAAACAGGGGCCCACCCAGAAUUCCGGACGUCCAACACAGAGGGAACCCCUCCCCAAGGUGAGAGCCAGGGAGAGUCGCCAUCCCGACCGGAGAGCCGCUGGAGUGUGUGGCUCUGGCUUGCCACCCAGGCAGGGCACCUCCAGGAGGCCUGGGCCCCCUGGGCCUUUCCAGGGUUCCCUGGGUAGCCUGCAUCUCCGCACUGCUCGCCCCACCCGGGCUCGGCUCAGAGGACUCUGCCAAAGACUUCAGGCUGCCAGCCGCUGCUCUCCCAAACAAAGAGACCCCAUUGUUUCCCUCGGAGUGGGUUUGUUUAGAGGGAGGAGAUGCAGGCGGGGGAGAGGAAAGAGCAAAAAAGGAAAUUAGAAAUAAACACUCGCCAGAAUUCAGAUUCCUCUGCUAGAAAGCACGGCUGUGACUAAACAGAAAAUCUAGGACCCUGGGAGGGGGCUGAAGAAGUCGCAGCAGGGUGACAAAAAUCCCAGCCUGUGCGCUGUUUGCCCGCGGCCACCCCAGCUUUUCCCGGCUCCGAACCCAGAAGGCCCUAAUGGCCACCCUGCCCCUUCUGCUGGAGGCUCAGUCCCUGCUGACCACCCACUAAGGGAGGGAAAGCUCAGUUUACCUCUCAGUGCAAGGGUGGUAGCUUCGGACAUCUCUGAACCCACUGGUCCCGGAUCAGGCCUACUCAGGGCACCCUUCCAGGCCCGGCCCUGAGCCCAGCACCCCCCUUCUGAUGGAAACCCACCCAUGGAUUCUUCAUUAUGAACUGCAUUUCCAGGAGCCUGAGCUGCUUAGUCUCCCUCUGGAGCAGGGCUGUGGGGGUUCCACACAGGUCUCCCCUGGGGACUGGGUUCCCCGGGCACCUGAGUGCUUUCCCGGGCCUGCGUGCAGCCCCAGGUCACUUAGAAAAUGGAUUAAAGCCACAUCCCUUUGCCAACACCCUUCACCCAUCUCUGAUUUCUAAUCUUGAUUUAGACAUAGUCAAAUUAAAACCCAGCCACCUCUAGGUUCAGUAAGGGAAUCCAAGCCCCGAUCCUAAGGGGCAGUAAUAAAUGGGCGAGGUUGCCGGAAUGUGCUCCUGAGGGUCCCCCCUCCGGUCGCCGGAAAACCUGUGUGGUUUCCUUUAAUUGGCUGUCUCUGCCGUUGGAUGGCAUUUCCCAGAUGGUCCCUCUGGAGUCAGUGUUUUAAUUAAAGUUCUAAUGUAUUGUCACGUUGGGAAUUGGGGGCCUUGUUUGACUAAAGCGGGGGGCGUGGGCCUUCCCAUAAAGCAAAUUGCCCGUCCCGGGGGGAGCCUGACUUGUCCGGCUGGGGCUGGCCUCUUUUCUUCUCUCCCCUUUCUCUUAUUGUCAGGCUCCUGGGAAAUCAAGGGAAGUCUCGUUUUGAGGUCAUAAAAUUCUCUGUGAUGUAACCGUGUGAAAUUAUGUAAAUAAAGCCAAGGGACCUGCUUGAAUGCUCUCAACACCGGAUCCCCCUUAUUCCUGGGCCUUUAAUUAGCCUAAUGAGAAUUGUUCUGAAAGGCUGCGGUCUCCCCAGGCUUUACCCCUCUGUAGACUGGGGGUGGAACUGUCGAGAAAACACUUGAAGCCCAGGACGGCCUGUGGUGCAUGCACAUGUUUAGGUCCGGGACGGCCCUUGGCCUCCCUCCCUCCUGCUCCUCUAGUACUUAGGGAGGUGGUGGUGGGAACCUGCGCCCGUUCCUCUCCGGGUGGGAAGAAGCGGGACCAGCGGUUCCCGGGGCCAGUUUUGGACUGGAGCCUGGGCUGGGAAGGAACCGUGAGGCAGGGAGGAGCUCUGCCGCUCUGGCCUCUGCUUCUUGCCUUUCUGUCAACCUUUCAACCAACGCCUACCCAGGUGGAAAGGGCAGGCCUGGGUGACAGAAUCGAAACGCCUGCCCCAGAUAAAGACAGUCCCCUUAAACCGAGAUCAUCUGGUUCCCCCGGCCUGAGGCCCGGGCUUCCAGGGAAUCCUCCAGCCGCCUGUCCCCUUCGGUGGAGGGUGCUGGGGGCACGAGGAAGAGCAGAGGCUCUGCCCGGAGUGGGUGGCACGGCGGCCUUGUGGAGGAGCAUCCUGGGAACAGGUGGGAGCAGGUGCAGGGCGGGGCUGGGAUGCAGGCCUCACGGCCC